CAGAAACGAGAGAAUGAUGAAACGGUGAAAAUGCAUAGAGAGAGAGUGAUUCUUUGGAUCCAAAAAGUUUCCUUCCUUUUCUCAUACUUUCUUGCUACCCAAACAAAAACUCUUCUAUGCUCAUUUUAGUAUUUCAUUUUUUUAAUUUCAAUUUCAAUUUCUCUCUCUCCUUAAAACCCUCUUCCACUACCCAAGAAAGUGAAUGGGAAGUAAAACAAAGUACUAAGCCUUAGCUUUAGCUUUAGCUACAUAGAAAGAGAGAGAUAAGGAGAGAUUAUCCAUUUCUUUUUCUUGUGAUUUAUAGAUAUCGAAGUUUUGUUAGCAAAAUGGGAGCUCGAUGCUCCAAAUUAUCACUUUGUUGGUGGCCAUCUAAUCUUAAAUCCAACCUCAAUGAAUCCUCCGAUCUUGAGAAUGGGGACUUGCUUCCUGGGUUUAGAGAGUUCAGCUUGGAGCAGUUACGAGCUGCUACUUCAGGGUUCAGUACAGAUAAUAUAGUAUCAGAGCAUGGAGAGAAAGCUCCAAAUGUGGUUUACAGAGGCAGAUUCCAAGAAGAUGAUCGCUGGAUCGCUGUCAAACGGUUUAACAAGUCUGCUUGGCCCGAUUCACGCCAGUUCCUCGAGGAGGCGAGAGCUGUGGGGCAGUUGAGAAGUGAAAGAUUGGCAAAUUUGAUUGGGUGUUGCUGUGAAGGGGAGGAGAGAUUGCUGGUAGCUGAGUUCAUGCCUAAUGAAACCCUCUCUAAGCAUCUUUUUCACUGGGAAAGUCAGCCUAUGAAAUGGGCAAUGAGACUGAGAGUGGCUCUCCAUCUGGCUCAAGCUUUGGAAUACUGCAGCAGUAAAGGAAGGGCCUUGUAUCAUGACCUUAAUGCUUAUAGAAUUCUGUUUGACCAGGAUGGCAAUCCAAGGCUCUCCUGCUUUGGUUUAAUGAAGAAUAGCAGAGAUGGCAAGAGCUAUAGUACAAACCUGGCAUUCACACCUCCUGAGUACCUGAGGACUGGUAGAGUCAUACCUGAAAGUGUAGUUUACAGCUUUGGUACUCUAUUGCUUGAUCUUCUCAGUGGCAAACACAUACCUCCAAGCCAUGCACUUGACCUUAUACGUGGGAAAAAUUUUUUGAUGCUGAUGGACUCAUGUUUGGAGGGUCAUUUUUCAAAUGAUGAUGGAACUGAAUUGGUGCGUUUAGCUUCACGUUGUUUACAAUACGAACCUCGUGAGAGGCCAAAUGCAAAGACUCUUGUCGCUGCACUCAGUCCUCUGCAGAAAGAAACUGAGGUUCCAUCCUAUGUUUUGAUGGGUAUUCCACAUGGAGAUCCAUCCCCAAAGCAAACAGUGUUAUUGACACCUCUUGGUGAAGCUUGCUCAAGACUGGACCUGACUGCAAUACAUGAGAUACUGGAGAAGGUGGGAUACAAAGAUGACGAGGGGAUUGCAAAUGAGCUUUCCUUCCAAAUGUGGACAGAUCAGAUACAGGAAACACUUAAUUGUAAGAAGCGUGGAGAUACUGCUUUUCGAACUAAAGACUUCGCUACUGCCAUUGAUUGUUACACACAAUUUAUUGAUGGCGGGACCAUGGUAUCACCUACUGUAUUUGCCAGACGCUGCCUGUGCUACUUGAUAAGUGACAUGCCACAACAAGCUCUUGGAGAUGCAAUGCAAGCUCAAGCAGUAUCUCCUGAGUGGCCCACUGCCUUCUAUCUCCAAGCUGCUGCCCUUUUCAGUCUUGGAAUGGACAGUGAUGCACAAGAAACUCUAAAAGAUGGCACAUCCUUGGAAACUCAAAAACAUAGAAACUGAAAAUGUAUAGUUCUUGAAAGAUUUCUUUAUCCAUUUAAAAAACUCCUUGUAUCCAUCUUUCUUCAUUUAUUUAGCAUUUUGAGUUUCUGCAGUGCCAGAGAGUUAUGUUUUAUAAUUUUGAUGUAUGUUUUUUUUUUGUUCUAUCAGCUUGAUCCUGAGAGUUAUAAUCUUUCUUCA